AUGUCUAUCAAUCAUUUUCAUAUUGUGUGCUCUCCAGAGGACGGAGUGACGGCUGCAGACCUCGGCGACAGUCUUACGCGUAUCUCGACGGUUACUUCACUACGCCCCAAUUUUCAGGCUAGAUCUGGAACCACGAAUCCUAAACCAAAAUCAGCACGCGCUGAAUUGGUUAGUAUACGGGCACCCAAUGGCCGCAAGAGAAGCCCCGGGGGUAGAGCUGUUCUGGCUAUCACUAAUUGGCUUGGAAAUGAAGAAAGCAUGUUUGCUUUGCGCAUGGUUGUGGUCACUAUUGGCCUUUCGGUCCCUGCUGUUUUUAUGUCUUCCGCAGGCUUCUUCUACCGCAAUAGAGGCUUGUGGGCGGUCAUCAUGGCUCAGUUGACUUUGGUUCCAUACACAGCCGAACUACUCUUUGGAAGUCUCAUACGAGUCUUUGGCACCAUUGUUGGCGGUGUCAUUGGGAUGGUGGUAUGGUAUAUAGGCGCUGGCAACGGCCCUGGGAAUCUAUAUAGCCUCGCCGCCAUCUUCGCGCCUGCUAUUGUCCUAAUGAUAUGGUGUCAUCUUUUUACUUCUCCUGCUGUAAUGCCUGCAGGAAUUAUGAUGGGUGCGACGGCGUUCCUUCUCGCUGGCUACAGUUGGAGCGAUACGCAGAUCCCGCAAUAUGGCACUCCCGGCGUGGGCUACGCAGUCUUCUGGCGGCGUGUUGUCACCGUACUUGUCGGCAUUGCAGGUGCUCUUAUUGUUAUUUUCAUACCAAAACCACCGUCUGCGAAUUGUCAUUACCGACACCUGCUCUCCGAUAUUUUGGUUAACAUUGGGGACCGAUAUGCUCUCUUCGCGUCGAGUUGGAAAGAUCCUGCUCCUGAUCUGCGCCAAGUAGCUGAAGAAGAGGCUUUAGCGAUUGGCGAGAUCCUCCUAACAAUCUCAGGACCUAUAAAGCUAAUAGUAUUUGAAUUCUCAUCCUCUAAUUUCGACACAAGAACGCUAGCCUUGGCACUCAAGAGCGGCGACCCUCUACCAGCAGUAUUACCCACGCCAUUAUUUACCAAGGCCGUUGCCCAUGCGCGAGAACAGGUCGCCGAGGGAAUCCGCCGCUCGGGCGACCUGCCGUGCAGCUUGCCGAACAAAGAAAAUGUUGACAGCGGAGUAAUGAGGAAUUUCAUGGUUAUUAUAAAUUCUUUGGUGCAAUUGCUGGCGGCCUUGGAUGAGCUGGUGCUGAUUUUGAAGCGGGCAGUCGGUGAGACGAGUAACAUUAUAAUGCUUGAGACUCUGUAA